ACCGCAUGGCUCAUGGAAUAGCUGACGCUACCGAGCGCCAGAUGAGGCGCUAAUAACUUAUUUCUUUUAUUUUUUGAUAAGAAACUUAUUUCUUUCUUCUUUCCUGGUACGGAGGAGAGUAUUAGAAUAGCUGAACCUGAAAAUUGAAAUAAUCUUUGGUUCCUAAAUUUUCUUCUGAGGUUUUGGGGUUUAAGCUUCUUCUUUAUUUUCUCUUCGUCGUCGUCACCGCCGUGGCCACUGAUAUCACUGGCCAGUAAGAAUAGAGAGGGAAGGAGUUUCGCGAGAACUAGAGAGAGAAAGAUCUUCGAGCGCGUAGUGGGUUUGGGGAGGUGGGAAAGAGAAGAGGAUGUGGUAUUUAUGCGUGUUCUACCACAGAUUGUUAGAUUACAGGAGACCCGAAGUUGAAGCUUUAGCGGAGCUCUUCGGCGCCUUCAGAGAAAAUGGCAACGACAGCCCUAGUUGCUCUUUAGAGUGGAAGCUUCCUGAAAGCCACCACCCUGAUUCUCCUUUCCAUCUCGUCAAUCUUCCCUCCGAGGACAUUGCCAGAAGCAUCGCCAAUCGAAGUAUACUUGUGAAGGGAAUUUAUGAACUUUGGGGGGAAGGGAGUAGCUAUGAAGAUUUGGAAGUGGCAAUAAAAAGCUAUCCCGAUGAGCGAAAAUUGCCAUACUUGACACCAGAAAGCACAUUCAAGAUCACUGUUGACAGCUUUGGCAAGGUGAUCAACUUUAAUGAGCAAAAUGAACGUAUUAAAGGGCUUGCUUAUAUACCAUUCAAGGGUCGAGUUAAUUUACGAAAUCCGGACCACAAAUUCUGGCUAAUGGAAACUGAUGACUACGGAUCUCAAAAUGGACUUCCUCCAGUUGUUGAGAAGAGAAUUUUCUUUGGUAGAGAAGUUGGUGCUGCAGAUAGGAAACUUUUGCCAACUUAUCAGUUAAAAAGCCGCAGUUACUUGGGCCCAACAGCCAUGGAUGCAGAAAUGGCUUUUCUUAUGGCCAACCAAGCCUUGGCCAUGCCAGGAAAACUUGUCUAUGAUCCUUUUGUUGGUACAGGAAGCAUUCUUGUUGCUGCUGCACACUUCGGAGCAAUGACAAUGGGUGCAGACAUUGACAUAAGAGUAGUACGUGAUGGGCGUGGGCCUGACUGUAAUAUUUGGAGCAAUUUCAAGCAGUAUAGAUUGCCAAUGCCGAUUUCACUUUUGAGGGCAGAUAAUAACCUUCCUCCCUGGCGUCCAGGGCUAAAAGAGGUAUUUGAUGCUAUAAUUUGUGACCCUCCAUAUGGAGUUCGUGCUGGGGGGCGUAAGUCAGGUGGCCGGAAAUUACUUAAGGGUGCUGUCGAUCCCUACACAGUUCCUGAUGACAAGAGGACGGACCACAUACCAUCAACUGCACCUUACAGCUUGGUUGAAUGCGUGCAUGAUUUGCUCGAUCUUGCUGCUAGGAUGCUUGUUAUGGGUGGGAGGCUUGUAUUCUUCUAUCCUGUACUAAGAGAAGAUGGAUCCACUGAUACCGUAUUUCCGGAGCACCCAUGUUUCAGAUUGGUUGCUGCCUGUGAACAGAUUCUUAGCCUACGUUACAGCAGGAUACUACUGACCAUGGUGAAGACGGCGCCAUACAGUGAAGAAAUUGCCGUGUCAGCUAGACAGAAGCAUUUAGACUUCAAGGAAAACCAUGUAAAAUGGCUAGAAGAUGGUAACCUUCAUUCUGCCGUAUUCAGCCCUAUCGAUCGUGAGGGCGAUACAGCUGGGGAUUACAAGUCCAAUAAAGAUUCGAAGCCUAAGUAUAGAGGGAAGUAUGUGUAGCUUGAGUCUUUCAUGCGCAACUGUUUUCUCUCCCCCCGCUAGCAGUUUGGGCUGCUUAAGUGAUCAAUUUUCACACUUCCAGCAUGUGCUUAUUGAUCAAUUAUGUGAAGAUUGAGCUCUGAAGAAUCCAAGUAAUCAAAGAUUUUUUUUUUCCUUUUCUUUGUUCUUGUUUCCAUAGUCAGGUUCUGUGUGAGCCUGUUUGUUAAAUCUAGAAACUGGUCCAUUAUCUCCAACAAUGUUUUAAUUUAUAUAAGAAGGAUAAGAGUUACAUUUGCCGGAGUUAAA